UGUGUCUGAAGAAGAAGGCGGUUCGGCCAUUUUAAGUUUGUCAGUCGUCAUUACAUCGCUACUGUAGGACGGACAACAUCAGGACAAUUUCACCAAAUUUAUCUUACAACUGUAGUGGAGCAUUGCCUACUAUGAACUGAAACGCUUCCUAAAAUCCAAAAGUAGAUCCUAGUGAAGUGACGCAUAAGCCAGUACUAGAGCCGAGUGUCAUUUUUGCUACCUCAAUGUAGCGUGUGGGAAUGGCUGUGGAAAGCAUGACUGUUCAUCCAAACUCCCCAACCUCCAACCACGAACACAACAGUCUCCUGACUGACGAAAGGCCAGAAGAUGGUGAGCUGGAGGAGGGUGAGCUGGAAGAUGACGGAGCAGAGAUGGAGGAAGAGGACACUGGUGCAGCAGGAGCCCGGAGUGGGGACGGGGCAGACGAGGCUAACCCUGGGACUGGGGAGCCUGGAGAGGACAGCAAACGCAGCAGAGACCGCCAUCACAGCGGAGAGUCCGAAGAUGACAGAGGACAUCGACGCAAGAGGAAGAGGAAGAAGGAGCGUGAACGAGAGAAGAGACGCACCAAGAAGAAGCGCAAGUCCAAACACAAACGUCAUACCUCUUCCAAUGAUGAGCACUCAGACUUCAGCGAAGACUCUGACUACAGCCCCAGUGAGAAGAGGAAAUACAGGGACUACAGCCCUCCUUAUCAGUCGUCUCAUGGCAGUUACAGCAGCUCUAAAAAGAGCUCCUACAUGAAGAUGGAUAAGCCAAACUAUGGCGGUUAUGAUGAUUAUGAUGAAGACAACUAUGAGGGAGAGGAGGAGGAGGAGAUUCCUGAGGAAGAGUAUGAUGACUUUACCAAGGAACUGAACCAAUACCGAAAGGCCAAGGAGGGUGGGCGCCCUGGCAGAGGAACCAGAGGCCGUAUGCGGAGUCUAAGAGGCCGAGGAGGAAUGAGGGGGAGCCGCAGAGGCAGGGGGGGCGGCCGAGGCCGGGGUGGCCGAGGGGGCAAACUGGGAGACGAUGAAGGGGAUGGUUAUGGAGAGGAUAUGGAGUACACAGAGGAGGACUAUGACCAUGAGGAUGGCUAUGAUGACUAUUCAAAAGAACUGAGUCAAUACAAGAAGACCAAAGACCGGGGCCGAGGAGGUAAAGGUGGGCGUGUCCGUGGCAGGGGCCGGGGCAUGCGGGGUAUGCUGCGAGGGGGAAAGGGGCGGGGCCGUGGACGAGGCCGAGGAGAGCCGGGACAUGAUGAGGACCACAGCGGAGACAUGGACAAUGGGGAUGGUCCUACAGACGGAGGCCGGAGAGGCCACAGUGACAAGCCCAUGGACAAGAAGGGAAAGGCCAUUUGCAAGUACUACAUGGAGGGCAGAUGUACAUGGGGGGAGCACUGUAACUUCAGCCAUGAUAUUGAGCUGCCAAAGAAGAAGGAGCUGUGCAAGUUCUACAUUACUGGCUUCUGCGCUCGUGCUGACCACUGUCCCUACAUGCACGGUGAAUUCCCCUGUAAGCUCUUCCACACUACAGGGCACUGUGUGAACGGGGACGAGUGCAUGUUCUCUCAUGACAAGCUCAACGAUGACACACAGGAGUUGCUCAGCAAGAUGCUGGCAGAGGAUGCGGAGGCUGGAGCAGAGGACGAGAAGGAGGUGGAAGAACUGAAGAAGCAAGGCAUCAACCCUCUCCCAAAGCCCCCUCCUGGAGUGGGUCUGCUGCCCACACCACCCCGACCUCUUCCUCUAGAGGCCAGCGCCAGCCCAGACUUCACUGGAGGAGACCUAGGCUCCAACCAACCCCCUGCAGUGGUGCCUCCUCCCAAUCCUCAACCAGCCCUUCCUGAAGCAGCUCUAUACCAAGGACCGGCUCCCCCCUCUCCUCCCAUGGGACCUCCGGCUCAUGGGGCUGGAGGAGGUGGCAGUGCAGGGAAGAAGAUUCCAUCCUUGUUUGAAAUUAAAGUUCAACCAACAGGACAGCUUGCACAGAAGCUAGCGGUCCGGGGCCAGACCCCUGCUGGUGCACAAGGGCAGCCUCCCCAGGGAGCCCCGGGUGCUGCUCCCACACACUUCCCCACACCUGCAGGUGUGCUGCCUCCUGAUAUACCAGACUUCGGCCCAAGUGGGACACCCAUGGGUGGAGGUUAUCCAGGAGAUCACGGAGGGCCUCCGGGACCCGAUCAGGGUGCUGGAAACUAUAUGAAUAGUUUCUUCAAUCAGGACGGCACUCAGUCAGAAGGAGCCAUACCUGAAGGCGACACAUAUCAGGGAUUCUCUGGAGACACCAGAGCAACACCUCAGUCCAGUAUCCCCGAUGCAGUCAGCAACAGUGGUCAGGGAGGAGUCACCGUCCCAGAUUUUCUGCCGCCAGCCCAGCGUGUGCUGUUCAUGAGGAUUCAGCAGAAGCAGCAUGAGGAAGAGGAGCGUGCUCGCAGGCAGGCUGAAGGAAACCUCCACAAGAGCCGAGAAACAGAGGGAGACUCGGGGAACUGGUACUCCAGUGAAGAGGAGGAUGGUGGGAGCAGUGUUACCUCCAUCCUGAAAACCCUUCGUCAGCAAAGCCAAGCCCCUGUAAAGAGCGAGGCCCCACCUAACGACCCCCGCCUGCUGAAGACUUCCACCACAGCUCCUCCCUCUCGCCCCAUGGACCCACGAUUAGCUCGGGACCCCCGUCUGCUCCGCACUGGAGAGGCACCUCAAGGUUCAGACUGUGCACCCUCAGGCCCCCCUGCUGACCCCCGUCUGGCUAGGUUCUCUUCACCCCAGCAGCCCCUAAACCCAAAGCCAGAGCCCCCUCUGGUGUACAAGCCACCCCCUCUGACAGCGGCAGCAGUGGAGGAGGAGGAGCCUGAGCGCGUGCUUCGUGAAAAGCCUGUGCCCAUCCCUCUGGAGCCGCUGCUGGGACUGCAGCUCCGGGAUCCUCGGCAACAGUUGCAGCAGUUCAGCCACAUUAAGAAAGACACUGUGCUGCCUCUGCCUGCCUUUUCCAAAGCAGUCACCUGGUCCCCCCAGGAUCUUCUGCCUUUGCCCCUGCCUAAACAGGACCCCCUGCCCCUACCCCUGGGCAUCCCGCCUGCUCCGUCCUUCGAUCCGCGCCUGUCCCGCGCCCAGCCAGCACCAGUAGAGCCUUCUCCAGGGUCCUCCGUACCUGAUUUACAACUGCUUUCUCGGAUCCUCAAAACGGUCAACUCGAGCUCCACCCAAAGCCCCCCAUUGCCUUCUGCAACCCCACCACAGGACAAAAAAACGGACCUCCGCUCUGAUCCCAGAGUGUCCCGCAAAGGCCCUUUAGAUCCCCGGCUGCAGCCACAGAAAUCGAGCUUAAAGCAGGUGUUGGAUUCAGCAGCAUCUGCUUCACCCCCUUCUGGGUCCCAGUCACCCCCCACAACAGCCCCAUAUGACCCCCGGCUGCUGUCCUCUGGGGGCACAGGCAGAGCAGGCACAUCAGUGGCCUUAGGGGGCACAAAUGUGUUUGGCAGCAUCAGUCUGUACGACCCACGCACUCACAAACCUGACAGCCCUGGAGGGGGGGGCUCCCCUUCUGAGACUCGCUCAGACCCCAAGUCCAAGUCCAAGGAACCUCUGUUCAUCCGUAAGUCUGCUUUGGACCUAUCUGAACCAGAGAAGAGCUCUGAGCAGGGAACAGACCGCUACAACAGCUACAACCGACCCCGACCUAAGCCCGCCCCGUCUCCCAACCACGGUCCCCAAGGCGGCAGCACCCCAGGGGCCCCGGGUCAGGCCGGGACAGACACUGCAGGAAUGCACAGCCUGCCGGUGCCGUCCCUGUUUGGGGUGGUCAAACAGAGUAAGGCAGGAGGUGGGGGCAGUCCCUUUGAUGGGGGCAGCCCUGUGGACACAGAGCAGGCCUCCUCAGAGCAGGACAAUGCUUCACUCAAAGAUGUUUUUAAAGGAUUUGACCCCACAGCCUCACCUUUCUGCCAAUGACCUCCCUGUCUCAGACUUAACUUGCACUCCUGGAGGGGCACUCCAGUAACACUGGAGCAGACUGACUGGUCAGUGUCAGAUUGGAUUUUAAUGGAACCAUUACAAACUGUAGUAAAAAAGGUUUGAGUUCAUGUUUCAUCACCAGGUUUCUCUUUGCAGCUCUAUCAGUGUUCUCUUCUCAGAGUGUACCUAUCCCAUCUUGCUCAGAGCAUGUGGGGGUCCCACCCAGCUUGGCGCAUGUGUGGGUCCUACCCCGCUCGGAGCAUAUGGGGCUCUCAAUAAAAGUAUCAGUGGAUGACAAUCCAGACUCCAGGAUUAUUGGCAUGGUGGUGCCUCUGUUGUGUAUAGCACACUACAGUCAAACUGCUCUUGUCAUCUUUUCGCAUUUAUUUUUGCCCAUUAUAAAGGCACACAAGAACACAAUACAAAACAAUGAUGUCCUGCUUCACUGAGUGUGUGGAUAGCUCAUAAACAGAAUGAACUUCUCUGUUCUGACUGCUGACGGAUUUUACCCCUGCUCCUUUGCCCCCCUCGGAGGCCCUGUCUGUGGGGUCUGGGGCUUUUGUAGACCAACAUGUGUUGAGCCUGAAGUCAAAAUGUUUAACUUAUUUUUAUACUUGUGCAUCUCUUACAUUUAAUGAAGCCUGGAGGUUAAGAGUACCAGGCCAAAGAGACUUAUUUUUUUAUUUGCAGUGUGUGUAUUGGAGGAUGAGGCAGGCUCAUCCUGGACUGCAGACAAAAUGGCGGACAAUGUGGUGACUUGUGGCUUUGUUAUGGUGCACAUGUGUUUUGUGUUUGACUCUGGCUUUGGAGAGACAACGCUGUAAGAAAGACUGUCUAUGUUUAAAUAAAGGUGGACCAUGUUCAA